CCUCUCUUCUCAUACACACCAGAAACCUCCCCCUCCGUCGCAUCAAAAACCACCACCUCCAAAAUGGUCACCACGCGCUCCGGCGGCGAAUCGACCAAAAGUCCCACCAAACCCACCACCGCCGCUCCAAAGCCCCCAACAACAACAACAACAACAACGCGCACCACCAAACCCUCCACCUCCACCACCUCCUCCUCCCCAACCAAACCCUGGACCCACACCCCCCGCCCCCUCACGCUCCUCUGGCUCACACUCAGCACUCCGCUCGUCCUCUGGGACGCCGGCUACGUCCUCCUGCGACCGCACAGCAUGGUCGGAGGAAAAUAUCACUCGCCGCUCUGGACGCCGUAUGCGUUGUAUGCGGAAAUUGAUUAUGUCUAUGGCUGGAAGGCUUUGCAGGAGAAUAAUUCUUGGACACAGACGCAGACGUGGUUUAAUUUGGGAGAGGUGUUGGCUUAUGCGGUUUAUUUGGGGUGGGUUUGGGGGGGUGGAUAUGCGAAGGGGAAGGGGAUUUUUGAGGGGAGGACUUUGGAGGGGAGGAGGGCGGCGUGGGCGGUUUUGGUGGGGUUUAGUGCGGCUUCUUUGACGUUUUAUAAGACUGUUAUGUAUUGGCUACUGGAAUAUCUUUCGGGAUUUGAAAAUAUCGGUCACAACGACUGGACUACAUUAAUCACUAUGUGGAUUAUUCCCAACGGCGCCUGGCUGAUUGGGCCUUCAUAUAUGAUGUAUGUAUUUGGGGGAGAGAUACUUCAGGGACUGGAGAUGGCCGCUACUGCUACUGCUCCAGGCUCCACGCGGAAGACGAAAUAGGUAGCACACGUACAGUAGUGGUCACGUGUGGGCAAUGUGCUGGAUCUUGCAGCAGUGUGUACCAUGUGGUUGGUGUGCUGUCACAUAUAGGAGGGAGGUAGGCUCAGCAGGAAUAAUAUCAGGUAU